ACAGUGAGAAGCUACCGGUGAUGCUACAUGCUGCAACAAGCCCCUGUUCACUGCUGGACAUAGCUUUGGACUUUGAAUGCUGUCAGUGGGGUUAAAAGCAAGCAAGCUUGAAUUCAAAAUAUGGAGGGACUAGUUACUUGUUUUUUUAAAAGAUGGCGGUAGCGUGAACUUUGCGUGGCUUUUAUAAUGCUAGUUAGCGGAGAAGCUAGCUAAUGCUAGUUAGCGGAGAAGCUAGCUAAUGCUAGUUAGUUUGGCUAACGUUGAGUGCAAACAAACAGCUCAGUGAAUCAGCUCCUUUGCUUUUGUUAGCCAUUAGCAGUGGGUCCUGGACGGAAUGGUUCAUCUGGUGGUUUGAUGGGGAUGUUAAGGAUCAUGAUGCCGGCCAAGUUCCAGCUUUUGGCUGUUUUGGCGUUUGCAGUGGCGAUGCUCUUCAUGGAGAACCAGAUCCAGAAACUGCAAGAGUCGAGAGCCAGACUGGAACGUACUAUUGCCAGACACCAGGUGGCUGAAGUGGAGCAGCGUCACAGUGAGGAAGCUGGGCGGGAAUCAUCGCCAGUGGCAGAGAAAGAUGACAUGGUCAUCAUCUACAACAGAGUGCCCAAGACGGCCAGCACCUCCUUCACUAACAUCGCCUACGACCUGUGUGGGAAGAAUCGCUUCCACGUACUGCACAUCAAUACCACCAAAAACAAUCCCGUCAUGUCUCUACAAGACCAGGUGCGCUUUGUCAAGAAUGUCACCUCAUGGAGAGAGAUGAAGCCCGGCUUCUACCACGGCCAUGUAGCUUAUCUGGACUUCUCAAAAUAUGGAGCGAAGGGUAAGCCCAUGUACAUAAAUGUGGUGAGGGACCCCAUAGAGCGCCUGGUAUCAUACUACUACUUCCUACGUUUUGGAGACGACUACAGACCUGGUCUACGACGAAGGAAACAAGGAGACAAAAAGACCUUUGAUGAGUGUGUGUCAUCAGGCGGGUCUGACUGUGCACCUGAGAAACUCUGGCUUCAGAUCCCCUUUUUCUGCGGCCACCAUUCAGAGUGCUGGACUGCAGGCAGUAGAUGGGCCCUGGAACAGGCCAAGUACAACCUGGUGAAUGAGUACCUGCUGGUUGGAGUAACUGAGGAGCUGGAGGAUUUCAUCAUGAUCCUGGAGGCAGCACUGCCACGCUUCUUCAAGGGAGCCACAGAGCUCUACAGAACAGGAAAGAAGUCCCAUCUGCGAAAGACCACGGACAAAAAGCCCCCCACCAAAGAGACAAUAGCCAAGCUGCAGCAGUCUGACAUCUGGAAGAUAGAAAAUGAGUUUUACGAGUUUGCACUUGAACAGUUUCAGUUUGCGCGUGCGCAUGCCGUCAGGGAAAAAGAUGGAGAACUUUACGUCCUGACUCAGAGCUUCUUCUAUGAGAAGAUCUACCCCAAAGUGAACUAAUACUGUUGCCAGAUAAAAGAGACAAUUAGAAGUCACUUACACUGUGAGGAAGUUUAUCAAUAAUGCUGGUGAAUGCUUUUUCUGACCCUGUUACAGUGCAGAAAGUCCCUUUCAGACUGUACAGUGGACUCUCUAUGAGGAAUGUGUCCAAUUUUUUUUUUAUUGCGGGAGCAGCUGUUGAGAGAACUUAACAUGGAUAUAAACAGUCAGUCUGAAUGGUGAGAAGGAAUUUAAACCCAGAUCAGGGUGAAAUGAGUGCUGGAUGUGAUAGACCUCAAAUCCCAAACACGAGCAGCCUUUGAUUUAUGCAGUUCUGUGUUUGGAUUUAGUUGGAGCGUCAGGAUAGAAGCCUCAAACCUCAACUAGUUCACCAAGUUUAAACCAUUGUUAAAUUCGUUUUUCUGACGGAUUAACAGGAGCUGUUGAACUUCAUGUGGUAUUAUUCUUGCACACCACAUUUUAGAUGCACAAAUUCUUUUUUAAAUGUUAAAACUGCAACAAAUAAAACAAAAAAACAAUCAGAGCUACAUUUGUACAUACUGUGUUAACAUGUAGGUAACAUGUUUUUGGACCAAUUGGUAGCAAAAGAAAAAACAUUGGACCAUUGCAUCCUUUGGUGCGUGACAAGUAUUUUUUUUAUCCCUCUGAGAUGUUCUCAAUUUUUAGACAUGUUUAACACAUCACAUCAGUAUUUAAUCACUGAGAAGGUGACGUGCAUCUUUGAUAUAACUGAUAGCUGCUGUUUUAUCAGCUGAAAUGACCACGGCUGGAGCAGAAGAGAAGAGCUCAUGAAAAACAGAAAGAAUGUUUUGAGUACAGGGUUCACCAGAGCUUUGAUGUGGUCACAGGGACAAAGGUGGAGGUAGAGCUGAAAGUGCCUUUAUUACAAUGUUAUGGACUUUUUUUGGGGGGGGGGUGGUAUUAAUUUUUCCUGUGAUCCCACAAUCAUGUUUUCUCUUUGUUUGUAUUCAUAUGCAUUGCAGUUUGUGUUUGUAUUCUGUUUCACACCUCAUUUACAAUUCAAACAUAAAUACAU